GUGCCAUCUUCACGUUGAAUGUGUUCGCGUAAUUCGUGUUGAGUCUGGCGAGGAGGGCGCGUCCGCGUACAUCUGGCAUUGAGGGGAAAGGACACAGCAGACUGGAGCCAGACCGAUAGGUCACACUCAAAACAUCCGCGAUGGCGUCCCGCCUGCGGCCGGGAUCGCAGAAGAAGCAGAUGAAGGAGAAGAUCGUGCAGAUCUACGAGUCGUUCUUCCGCGGUGAGGACCUGGUGGCGUCCAAUGCCAAUUUCUGGGACGAGCUGUUCCUGCUGAAGCCGAAGGUGGUCGUGCUGGAGACGGAGCUGUCGCGGCUCUCCGGCGAGCAGCUCGUCGCCCUCAAGACGCCACUCAACCAGCUGUUUGCGCGCUGCGUGGCGGUGGCCUGCGACGAGCACCUGCUGCGCGCGGCGCACGCGCUGCAGACGCUGGCGGGCGUGGUGGCGGGCGUGUGUCGGCAGACGCGGCCGGAGCCCAGUCCCGACCCGGUCGACCUGCUGCCCGGCUGCGACGCGGCCGAGCGCGAGAUGGGCGUGCUCUGCGGCCGCUGCGCCGAGCUGCUGGCCGGCCCGUACCCGGACACGCUGCGCGCGUUGGUGCUGGACGUGCUGCUGGUGGUGGCCGUGGCCGCCGCCGACAUCAGCCGCAAUGCUCUGCUGGAGUACCUCAUGAUCAACAGCUCGCUGUUCGAGCCGUUGAUCCAGCUGCUGUCGCACAGCGCCACGCGUUCGGUGCACGGUCACAAGUGCGUGCUGCUGCUGACGCUGCUCGUCAACUAUCGCAAGUACGAGGCGGCCAACCCGUACGUGGUGAAGCUGUCCAUAUUGGACGACGAGCUGGCGCUGAACGGCUACAGCCAGGUGAUCACCGCCGCGCUCACCGAGUUCAACUGGAAGUACUCGGCGCAGACGUACGACGCGCAGAACCAGGGCUGGCUGUCGAGCUUCACCAGCAUGGUGGGCAACAUGUUCGUGGCUGACGAGCUCGCCACGCGCACCGAGAGCAUCAAGGCGAACCAUGGCGUGCUGGUGGCGCUGUACGAGGCCGUCCACCUGAACCGCAACUUCAUUGCGACGCUGACACAGGCGUCGACGGACGCGAGCCAGCCGCCGUCGCCGCAGAGUACGCUGGACCGCGAGCAGGCGCCGCCGCCACUGCCCGUCGCCGAGCUCAGCCCGCCCGUCAACCUGCUGGUGGCGUUCCUCGAGUACUGCUCGAUCGUCAUGCAGGACACGAAGUCGGACGCGGCCGCCAACAACGUGCGCCAGUGUUUCAUUGUGUUGACGUGCGUGUCAGAGGACCAGUAUUGCAACUCUCUGAUGCAUGACGCCAACCUGGUGUUCGUGGUGCGUCUGCACCGGCUGCCGAUGCGACACCGCAAGGCGGCGGACCGGCCGGCGCACCCGCAACCGCUCGCCACGGCACUGCUCGACCUCACAGUCGAGUUCGUCAUGUCGCACCUGAUGAAGCGGUUCCCGCUGGACCUCUACCUGCAGUGUGUGGGCAUCAUCCACCGCGUGCUCUGUUACCAGAAGCGCUGUCGCGUGCGCCUGGGCUACCACUGGCGCGAACUCUGGUCGGCGCUCAUGUCGCUGCUCAAGUUCAUCGUGGCGAACGAGAGCGCCGUGGUGAAGCGCACCAACGUCUUCGAGCUGGCCAUCAUGGUGGUGAACAUCUUCAACCUGUUCAUCACGUACGGCGACACGUUCCUGCCAACGCCCUCCAGCUACGACGAGCUCUACUACGAACUGAUCCGCAUGCACCAGGUGUUCUCGAACCUGUACUCCAUGUCGCUGCGCUACUCGAACGAGGGCGAGCACCGCGAGAGUGCCAUGCGACUCACCAACAACCUGGUCAACAUCCGCGCCAUUUGCAACCACUUCUCGCCCAAGAUCGACGCGUGGUCGCAGACCAACAACCAAACGAGUCUGACAGAGGAGCAGGUGCUGGACGUGGUCCGGUGCAACUACGAGUCGCUGACGCUGAAGCUGCAGGAGAGCCUGGACCAGUAUGAGCGGUACGCAGAGAGCCCGCGCUACUCCAGCUUCUUCACGGCCGUAGUGCGCAGCGUCGUCCGUGACACGUGGGCCGGCCUUAACUUCGACGCCGUCGAUCAUACCACGCUGCUCAGCCAGCUAUCGCAAAUAUCGUGAUAACGCCGCCACCGCGGCGCGCUGCGCGGAGGGAGACGCGCCGGCCCGGGCCGCUCGCGCGCAUAAGUCGAUUGGCAAUGCAGCUCACGGCCUUGUUCUGAAGUGUGAUAAAAGGUUAAUUUACGAUCGGUGAUCGUGUUACAAGGGCUUUGGGGCGCGACAUUGAUGUGUUGUUCGCGAGUGUUAGCGAAAGCUGGUCGCUGGGUGCGCGGAGUCGGUCUAUUUUCUUUCACUUCGUGAUGUGACGUCUCGUUGGACCAGCGAAUCUGUCACGUGGAGACCCUCAUGCAGUCACAGCGUCUCAUGCUGCCUCACCCCCCCCCCCCCCUUCCCCCGCCUCACUGUUCGUUCACUGCGACACAUGAGACUGUGCGCGGUGAAUCGUGAGCUGUGUUUUGAACCCGAUUCUUGGAAGUCCGCCAGCUGUGCAUGGCAGACGAGCCUAGCAUUAGUUUAUGCUGGGCUGGUGUCACUGCGGUCCUUGCUUUACUCGUCUCGGAUGCUGUUUAUUUUGUCGUCACGUGCAAUGCCGUUUAAACAACAUAUUUGUCGACGUACAAGUGAUGUUAAUGCUAAGUGCGGUUCGAGAAGAACCUGAAUGAUCCAGUUGUGACGGUACUCUGCGAUCGAUUUCGUGAUGCAAACUGUAUGAGAGUUUCGGGCAUUCGUGUUCACGAAAACUUCGAGGGUGAAAGCAACGUACAGUCUGCGUUGUAGCAGGUAACUUGGACCAUCACUUGAGCUGCUGCGGCGUCAUACGGCUGGACAUGGUUCUGUCGGUCGGACGCUACCACCAAACAGUUCGCGGUCGUGACAUGCAAGUGUUUCGGUUCUAAAUGUUGCUUACGGGCGCGGACCUGUUGAAGAGUGACUGCGGUAUGUGUGAUGCGUGGUUUGAUUCCUAGCAUAUGGGGUGUUCAUGCUUGCGCCAACAUGAUUAUUUCAAU